CUCUCACUAACACUUCAGUCUUGAACUUCAUAUCAAUGUGUACAUGAGUAUUUCAGGAAUAAUGCAGCUCCGUCAGAAUUUUUUCAUCAUUCUUUUGUUCUUUGGGAUGGUAUUGAGUGGGGUCAUUUUUCUGAAUAAUAACCAGAAAAGCUGCAAACAGCAGAAAAUAAAACAAGUCUUUAUCGACUUGUUGUACAACCAGCCAAGUCUGUUGGUAGGAAGUCGGAUGGAUGUUGCUUCUGUGACACCAUGGUCAGCUCCAAUCAUUUGGGAGGGAACCUUUGACCCCAUACUGAUCGACUCUAUCUACAAACAACACAAUCUCACCAUAGUAACCACAGUCUUUGCUUUGGGAAAAUACACACGUUUUGUUAAAGAUUUUCUGGAGUCAGCAGAACAGCAUUACUUUGUUGGAUUUCGAGUGCAUUACUACUUGUUUACAGAUCAACCAGAAUCGAUUCCUGAGGUGAAGAUGGGUGAAAAACGUAAUUUGACAGUUCUAAAGAUCCAGAGUUUGAAAAGAUGGCAGGACAUCAGUAUGAGCAGGAUGGAAAAACUGGAAAAACUAAUAGAGAAUGAACUGGCCAACAAAGCUGACUAUAUUUUCUGCCUUGACAUAGAUACAAAGUUCUAUGGCCGUUGGGGUGUGGAGUCUUUGGGUCGUCUGGUAGGUGUGAUUCAUCCUUGGUUGUUUGACGCUCCAAGGGAUCGAUUCACAUAUGAGCGUAGACCAGAGUCUCAAGCAUACAUUCCAGCUGGGGAAGGUGAUUUUUAUUAUGCUGGUGCUGCAUUUGGUGGCUCAUUAGAAGAUGUACAUCAACUCACCAAAACCUGCAGGGAGAAGCUGCUCAUUGAUGCUGCAAACUCCAUUGAGGCAGUAUGGCAAGAGGAGUCUCACUUGAACAAGUAUUUCCUUUUGAACAAACCUAGUAAACUGCUCUCUCCUGAAUAUAUGUGGAGGGACAUCAAUGAAAAAGCAGCCCAAAUAAAAGUUGUUCGCUUCUCUAAUGUAGCUAAAAACUAUGCUGAAGUCCGUCCAAAUCCAUAGCAACCAGUAUACAGGGACGUUCGCUGAAAAAAAUGGAACUGUUCGGUUCUCCACGAGCUGGGACCACAGUUCAACUUAAAUCUGUAGUAUGGUUUGUUAUAAAUAACACAUAAAACAAACUGUUUCAGUUGAUGGAUUCGCAUGAGAGAGAGAGAAAAAAAACCUGGACAAACCAUUCUGUCUUGUUCAGUGAUGCUGUAUGCUCGAAUAUGAGCAGUCAUUUAUUCCAUCUUCAUUCAGGUGAUGAAUAGUAUGAAGUUAAUUUAAUGGCAAAAAGAUUUGCAUACACAGGGUAAGAGUUGUGGAAGUGUACAAAAGUCUGUAAGCAUAAAUUAAAUUUGCAUGUGUAAGAGAAGCUUUGUAAAGGUUUGUAAGUUUUUUAGGAUGUAAGCAUAUAAAGGCAUGCAGCAUUUUACUGUUACUCAUAAGUGUAAUUCAAGUUUUGUGAAACUGCAGCUUCAUGCUAAAGCAAAAUAAAUAUGAUCUGCAUUCUUCUAAUUUCCAUUUUUCCACACUUACACUUUUGGCACGAAAACUGUUAUUUUACGGAAUGUUACUGUUUUAUUUAAAAAACAAUGUUCAUGUAAUUUAGAAAUACAGUUUAAAAUGGUAAAAUUAGACUGUAAAUGUACAUAUUCCAUGUAAAAUCACAUGAAAAACGUAAAUGUGCAUAAAAUAUUUUAGAAAUAUCAAAAACUUUGAUAACAUGCAGGUGCUGGUCAUAUAGUUAGAUUAUCAUCAAAAAGUUGAUUUAUUCACUAAUUCCAUUCAAAAAGUGAAACUUGUAUAUUAUAUUCAUUCAUUACACACAGACUGAUAUAUUUCCAAUGUUUAUUUCUUUUAAUUUUGAUGAUUAUAACUGACAACUAAGGAAAAUCCGAGGUGCCUGUCUUCCCUGACUCAUCUGAUGACCUGAGGGAUCAGAGCGAUCGGGGGGAAAGCGUAAGGAAGGAGGCUUGGCCAGUUGUGGGCCAGCGAAUCUAUGUCCUUCGAAAAAUAGGUUGGGCAAUGAGUGUUGCUUUCUGAGGCGAAGAGGUCGACCUCGUGAAAUCUCCCAGAUUUUGAAAACCGUCUGGGGAUGGAGCAUCCACUGGUCCGAGGGGACAUUGCUCUGUGAAAGCAUGUCUGCUCCCAGAUUUGUCUUGCCAGCUAAAUGCGUCGCCUUGAGCGACCGCAGCCUGGGUAAUGCCCAUUCCAGUCCACAGAGGCUGGGGCACCCCUACAGGCGUUUUCCAGAAACCUAAAAAAAUGCUAUUUUCCGUGGUGAGGUUGGAUUCUGAAUUCAGAAACAAGAUUCAUUAGGACCAGCACUUAAUGUCACGCGCGAUUUGUAACUUUAGUAACUUUAUGUUCCUUUUCCGUCUUCAAGCAGUGGUUAUUACGCCUGUAUCCAUUCAUUGUCGAGGUCGACGCUUCUAACACCGGUGUAGGCACUAUACUUUCUCAACGCCAUGGAUCACCAGCGAAGUUAUAUCCCUGUGUCUUCUUUUCUCGCAAAUUAACUGCAGCAGAACGGAACUACGACGUGGGCAAUCAUGAACUUCUGGCCAUGAAAUUAGCACUAGAGGAAUGGCGCCACUGGCUGGAGGGAGCAUCACACCCAUUUGUAGUUCUCACCGACCACAAGAAUCUCUAAUAUCUUCGCUCGGCCAAAACGACUAAACCCCAGACAAGCAAGGUGGGCGUUAUUCUUCACAAGAUUUCAGUUUACUGUAACGUAUAGACCUGGUUCAAAAAAUACCAAGUUCGAUGCCCUCUCGUCAAACUGAAGAAAUGGUCUGCUCAAUCUUCAAUGACAGUAUUCUUCCCACGAAACUUCUCAUUGCCCCUGUGCAGUGGGACAUCAUGACUGAAAUAAACAACCUGAAUCUUCAGAACCCGCCACCUCCUGAAUGUCCCGCAAAUCUCACCUAUGUUCCAGAAUCCCUACGAAAACGCCUAUUAACCCAGGUACAUGUUUCACCCAGUUCAGGACACCCCGGAAUCACUGCCACAGCACUUCUGCUCAAGAACCAAUUCUGGUGGUCCACUCUGUUAAUUGAUACCACCAAAUUCGUCCAGAACUGCACCAUCUGCAGCACGUCUAAAACCCCCAGACAACUACCAGCAGGACUAUUACAACCACUGCCCACACCACAACGCCCAUGGUCUCACAUCGCUAUCGACUUCAUCACUGAUCUUCCCAACUCACAAGGUAAUACUACUAUCCUCACUAUUAUCGAUCGAUUUUCCAAAGCCUGCCGUCUAAUUCCCCUGCCGAAACUUCCCACCUCCUUUGAAACUGCUGAACUAAUGUGCAAUUAUGUAUUUCGUUUCUACGGUUUACCGGAAGACAUUGUCUCGGACCGGGGUCCUCAGUUCACCUCAAGAGUAUGGACUGCCUUCUUCAAACAUCUGAACGUGAACGUCCGCCUCACAUCUGGCUACCAUCCUCAGUCCAAUGGACAGACUGAACGGUUCGGUUCCUACGAUCGUGUCGCCAACAGGCGGACUGGAGCAGGUACUUAUUUUGGGUGGAGUAUGCACAGAAUUCUCUCAUGAAACCAGCCACGGGGGAGACCCCCUUUAAAUGCGUGCCGAACCACCCUUGUUCCCCUGGGCUGGUUGCAACGCAGUGAGGAUGUCUAGGACCAUGCUCAUACCCACUUACUUCAUGCAGUAAGAAGACAGGAACAGCAGGCUAACCAACACCGACGCCUGGAAAAACCGGCCCCUCGACCUCGUGGUAGACCCCGUCGUCGGUUGCUUCCUCGCGUCAGGAGCCGCUCGCAGGGGGAGGGCUCUGUUACAAAGGAGGCUCCCGUGCUGCUUCCUUCCCACCACCAGAGGGAACUCUCACCUGAAUAUUGACUGUACCCAUUGAACUCCAAUUACCAUCCUGCCUCAUCCCAGGGACUAAUUACACACACACCUGCAGCUAAUAAAAACACACACAUAUAAGCAGCUCACUCACUCUUACUCACCGCGAAGUCUUGAUUUGCCCCGGCUGUCACUACUGAGCGUUUGUAUCCAUUUAAUCUGCCUUCUUGUUUUGAUCUGGACUGUUUAAUGUUUACCGAUUGUUCUCUGUCUGCCCUGACUCGGAUUGACCUGUUCCUGUGAUUGUUUGCUAUCUACCCUGUUCUUGUGCCUGUACCUGGUUCUAUCUCAGCCUUGCCUUCUCCCUUGUAUCUACUGGUGAUUGACCCUGUCUUGUCUGACUAUCAAAUAAAGCUGCAAAUGGA